AGCUGAUCGUAAAUGGAUGAUAAUAGUCAUCGGACAUGCUCUCAGAUGCUACCUGUGCUCCAUAGAUGUGAGCGUGCUCUGGGAUAAUAUCAGGUUUCAAGAGGAUUGGACAAUAUAAUUGACAUGGUCUUAGAUGUUACUGCUAGUAUUACACAUCGUGUACAUGAACAGACUCAGGGGUGCGACAUCAGAUUUAUAGGGAUGUAAAACCGAGGAGAAUGAUUGGAGGAUAACAAUGGACAUUCCCUUGGACGUUAAUUGCCAUCUGUACACUCUACGGCUGCAUAGACAUUUGCAUGCUGUGGGACAGCACUGUUAAUGAUUGGACGAUAACUGGGGGAUUUUACCCCGUUAUGCUACACUUUGUAUUCACGCUCUGGGGGUGUCAUGUGAGAUUACACAUGAGUAAAACUGAUAAUGAGUAGAUGAUACAGUGGACAUUCUCGCAGAUAUCACCACUCCUACGACACUUCAUAAAUGUGAUCACACUCCGGGUGCGACAUCCGAUUUAUACGGAAGUAAAAACUGAUAAGGAUUAUAGGAUUAUACCUGUACUUCACAGCUGAAUCAAGUCAAUCAAGAAGUGUCAUGACCGGCUGAUUGCUUGCUGAUCAGAGAUGACUGGAUUAUCGUGGCACCUACAACCACACACCUAGUUCUACCGCUGUGGGCUAGGACGUGAUGGCCCCGCGUGUAAGCCUGAAGUUAGUGGUACUGAUGAUGGUGGGCACACCAUUCCUCAUCACCAUGUACCACUGGGGCCAAUGUGAUCUCAACAGGCUGGAUGACAACUUCAGGGAUGGGCAGUAUCGAGGGCCUGUGGAUAAGUUUGACUCUUCCGCACGCAUCCCGCACAGAGAUGUAAAUGCAAUCGGCCAAACUGCAGAGGAGGGUCCCCUAACGUACAAGGAGAUCGAGUGUGUAGUCAAUGGCGACUACUCCAUCAAAGGUCGUCUGGAGGACAAAGAGGUGUACCUACCCUUUACCUUCGUACAGAGAUACUUUGAGGUAUAUGGUUCCAUCAACUCGUAUGACGGUUAUGACAGAUUUGAAUUACAACACAGUUAUUCCCAGAUCCACCCUCCGAGAGACAGCUACUCACCGGAUGGAGUCUUCAUGUCCUUUGAGUUCUACAACGUGGAGGACAGGGGACGAGUCAAGUGUAUCAGUGGGAUUGAGGGCGUACCAGUGUCUGUCCAAUGGAACCGCAACGGUCACUUCUACCCGAUACAGAUCGCUCAGUAUGGUUUGAGUCACUACAGCAAGCAGUUGAUGGAACCAAGUCCACAAAGGGUGGUGUUGGAGGAUGGGGAAGGGGGCGAUCUUAACACCUGGCUCCUCCCUGACCGACGAUCACAGAUUGCCAUUAAGACGGAUCGCACCAAUGAGGAAAACAACCUCAUAGAAUUUGACACCCCAGACCUGCUUAAAAACCCUGGAAUCACCAUAUCAGUUGAGGAUCACAACCUCAGCACACUCUCUAUAGAUGUCAAGUUUAUCAACAACGGGAGUGUCACUGUACUCCUACGGACUAACGAGGGCAAUCUGUUCCGCAUACAUUAUGUUCUCAGCAACACAACCAUGACCUUGGAAGAUCGUGACCUCUAUUACGGAAUUGGUUCAUCAAAGAAAGGAAAAUGGAUACAUCUGACACGAAAGGUGCUUAUAGACUACGACAAAGGUCAGAUUUUGAAACUUGCCAAAAGCAAAAGAGGCAAAGUGAAAUUGACACCUGCAAAAAUCGUGGCUGUGUGUUUCCGUGGCCACGGCUUUGUAGACAACAUUACUUUAUCAUCAGAGGCCCACAUGGACCACUUUUUUGAUGCAGCAAAUUAUCUUGUGAACUAUCAGGAUUCUCGAGGUGGUUGGCCAAUACAAGUGACUCGUAAAAUAAUUCCAGGUAAAUUGGAGCUCAAGCCGGGUUGGUACUCGGCUAUGGGGCAAGGCCAGGCCAUCUCCCUGUUAGUCCGGGCCUAUAGUGUCACCAAAGACAGCAAAUACUUACAAAGUGCUGCCAAGGCUCUCGCCAUCUUCGAAAUUCCAAGCUCCGAAGGAGGAGUGUUACAAAAAUUUGCAAAUACGUAUGACUGGUACGAGGAGUACCCAACAACGCCAGGUACUUUCGUGUUAAACGGAUUCAUAUAUUCUCUCAUUGGAUUAUAUGACUUGAAAGUUGUGUCCUCUGGUCAAACAGCAGCACAUGCUGCGAAGUUAUACAACGCCGGCAUGCAGACGUUAAAAAACAUGUUACUUAUGUAUGAUAGUGGUACGGGGACGUUUUACGACCUGAAACAUAUUUCCCUCGGUGUGGCACCCAACAGGGCACGGUGGGACUAUCACACAGUUCACAUCAAUCAACUUCUCUUACUCAGUCUCAUUGACGAGGACCCAAUGUUCCAAACAACGGCCCAACGAUGGAUGGGGUACCUUAAGGGGAAACUCUCACCUCAUAAUUGAAAAUUCAUAAUAGUGCAAAAAUGUAUGUAUUUGAUUUAAAACAGAUAUCUGUCAAAGUAAAUGAAUAUCUGCAAAAUAAACCUGGAUAUUUGGAAGAAAACACUGGAUAUAUAUAUAUAUAUAUAUUGCAAACAAUUAGAUAUCUUUCAAACAGCCAGAUGUGUAUUUAUGUGUCAAACAUUCUAGAUUAAUGCAAAAAAGAUAAAAGUAUAUUUUUGAUAACUAUUAACUCAUUCACCCCUGAAAUUUCAUAACGAACUAUUCCAACCUUUGAAUUGGAAGAGUUCAAAUGUGUCUUCAGGAGUGAAUGAGUUAAUAUAUAUCUUUGUCAAAUAGGAUACUACUAGUAUGUAUUUCAAACACACGACAAAUAUUUCUGUAUCGGGCAACUGAAUAUCUCUAAUAGCUAAUCAUGUGUAAAAUACUGAAUAGAUUUGUUGAUUGAUUGACCUCUGUCAAAACAACAUUUGCAAACAAAUGAAGGUAUGAUUUAAGACAACAGAUACAUAUAGAUGUUAUAAAUUAACAUCUUUCCAACCAUUGUAUCUCAUAUAGUUUCUGUUUCCUGUCAAUCAAAAGUACUAUCUGAAAGAUGCAGUGGGUUUUAAUUUAAAGCUGAUUUGAUUCUGACACUGACCAAUUUACAUAUGAAUCUUGAACUUGUAGACUUGAUGAAGUCUAAAAUAAAUUCUGUUGUUUGAGGAAUUUGUUCAUUCUGACUAUUUGCUUGCAAUAUUAAUGUGGAUGUUUGUUUUGAAGCUAUAUAUGGACUAGUCUUCAAUGUUAUCUGAUAUAUUACUGAAGGAAAUCAAACUAAGACUCGUCCCGAGGCCGUACAUAAUUUGUUAUGUAGCUAUACUCUACAUUGCUUCUAUUUUGUCUGUUCUUGAUUUUAUUUUCAUGAAAUCUAUUUUCUUUAUUGUGUUAUGGAAUCCUUGUUGGAAAUUGGUGCAUAUAGAUAUCACUUAAAAGAUAGCAUAUAUGCAUGUCAUAUGGAAGUCAUCAUUCCACAUUUGUCAAGAUACAUGCUGUAUCUCUAAUACGGAAAGUUCACUAAGUUAUCUCCAAGAUAUAUUUCAGCUCAUGUGUACGUAUCUUUCAAGCAACUUGAAGUGCAACAUUUUUUUUUAUUAAUACUGCCAAAUUGAUUUUCUAAAUCAAAUUUCAUAAGUGUGAAAAUUGUUAAAUUUUUCAUUUGCUGUUGUCAAGACGGUGCCAUCUGUGGUAACUUUUCAUUUUUGGUGCUAAAUAAUGUAUUGUCUUUGUCAGCUUUUGACAAACUGGAUUAUUAUAUAUAUUUUGUCUCUUACAUCUACAAAGAAAUUGGUUAACCCUUUCACCACUGUAGACCGAAAUUGACUCAACCAGAUCAAUGUAUGGUAGAGUUUACUAAUGUUACAUAGGGGUGAAAGGGUUAAUAAGUUUAGUAUUGACUAUUAGUUUCUUAUCCAGGAUCAAGUUGGUCCACUUACACAUGCAUUUUUGUUAGUUAUCUUUUAUUUUCACUGUUUUAACAGGAAGUUCUAUUAGCUUUAAUUUGAGUUGUAGGAUGGUAGGGGGUAGGGGGUGAUAUCUCAUUAAUACAUGUGAAAUUAACACCAUUUUUGGCCUAUAAGGUGUUUAUGAAAGAUUUAAUGUAAGAUUUUACCAUUAACAGAUAUCAUAGCCCGCAAAAAGUUGUGUUUCAAGUUUUCUUAAACCAUCUGAUACUUCUGAUAGACGAUGGUACCUAAAAGUUCACACAAACUAAUUAAAACUUUUUUUUCUGGCAAAAAAUGUUGCAAUAUAUUUUACUUUUUGGAGUAUUUCCUGCAUCUUGCUGUAUCAUUAAGAGAGUUUCACCAAAAUUGUGUGUUUGAUAUUAGAUGUUGCUAUUUUGUGAACAAGGAUUGAGUUAGAAAAUCAAAUGUACUGAUUCAGUCUUUUGAGUUUAAAUAACAUUUUAUUUUUUGUUAAGUAUAAUAUUUGUACACAAUGUUUUUAAGAAAAUUACAAAAUAUUCAGAAACGCACUGCUUAUGUUAAUAUGUCUUCUUUACAUAGUCUGUACUUAGAUUAUAGCAUAUCCAAACUGGUUAUUUUAUAACAUAUCCCAAAUGGAAACUAGAAUACAUUUUACCUUAAAGUUAUUUUUAACGAGAAAAAGAGAAAAAAUGAAAUGUUUAGUAAAUAAUAUACACGUAUAGUCUACAAGUCAGAUUUUAUUGAGUUGAUCUGGUGAACUUACUGAGUUCUUAAAUUUUUCCAAAAUUUUUAUGAACAGGAAUUAUUUUAAGUUGUAGAAUUGCAUGAAAUGCAUAUAUAUAGAAUAUUUACCUAUCAUACUCAAGGGACAAGGGGCGAGGGCUUACAUCCCAAAUAUCUGUGAUGGCUGGUUAUAUUGAUGUGGUUGUGAUUAAUAUAUUUAUAUGUCAGCUUUCAUCUUUUUAAUCCUGUGCUGAUGUAUUGAGAGAGCAAUCAUAGUGAGUUUACGCUUGGUAAGUGAGUAUAUUUUUGUGUAUGAAAGUAAUGAUUGGUGUAUAUAUACAUGUAUAUAAAAUGUUUCAUUGAUGGAAGUGAAAAAAUAAUGAUUUCUGUGUGUGUUAAUCUGGAAACUUAUCAUAUGUAGUCUGUGUACAUACAAAGCAUUAUAGGAAACAUUGUUUAACAUCUACUGGUCUACUUUGUUUGUGUAAGUCCUCACGAUUUAAAUAUGUGUCGCUUUGAAUAUGAUGAAUUUUGUGGAGUUUUUAGGUCAUUAGACAAUCUUAUGGAUUAUUACUGGUAUACAUCGGUGUUUGUAUUAUAACAUUUUAGGGCAACACUUUACAACAAUAUUCUUCAAUAGUGUAAAUAUAAAUUGUAAUACAACAUUUUCACACAUUGUAAUACAACAUUAUACAUACAAACUUGUCUUACU